UUGGACAGCUUGACAAAGGAUGAGCUGGCAGUCAAAUGGCAUGAACAGGAUAUUUAUGUGGAGUGUCUAGAAGCUCAGGCGGCAGCUCAGGAAGGUACUGAGAUCACAUGAGUGAGACCAUCUCACUCACCACAUAUCUUAAGCGAAUUUAUGAAUGCCAGAACACAACGGUCUUUUAUAAGACUCUUAUAGGGACACUAAGCAUAGGGUUCAUUAGACCAGUGUUUAGGAUACCGUUGUUAAUUUGUUUAUUAGGAUUAAGUCAAUGAGAGAGCUCUAGUAAAUAAGUAAUUCACUUGUAGGUAUAUAAAAAUAUGAAAUCUUUAUUGCUCUAUGAGGCAGCUUAGUACACAUGCGAUUGAAUUACCUUAUGUAUCUACACAAGUACUAGAGAGAGAUUAGUAUAGAACUGAGAUUACGCGCUUUGCGUACAGUGACAAUUUGAUUAUAUAUUAAUUUCCAAAACUACAUUUGUGAUGUGUAGUGUGGAUAAUUAAUUUAAAAAUUCAUAUUUAACGUGACGUAAAACGAAAAAUGCUCAAGGUAUUUGUGAACACAAGUGGAGUGACAGCCACAUUUAUGGCUUACAAAAGCCGAGAUAUAUUUAGUCAAUUAAAUUUUCAUGUGAGCAGUUACCUAAUCAGCCAUGAAAAGCAUAAUUAUCAAGUAAAAGUGAAAAAGGCUGAUAUAACAAGUGUAAUGUGUGUCAAGAGGCGCCAAUUGGGGUUUCUCUAUAAAAAAAGAAAAAGAAAAAAACGUGUCUGCCGUCAAUAUGUUCAUUGUGGAAGGCACAACUGAAAAUAUCAUUUCAUAAGUGCCUGUGCAGUGCAUCGCGUAUAUCUCUGCAGUGUAAUAAUUUUAUCGCCCAAUUGAGGACAGUGUGUGCGUGCGUGUAAUUCGAAAUGCCGAGUUUCUAGUUAACGAGGAUGAGAUGAAAAGCAGCGUUUACAAUGGCGCUGAAUUUUACGACUCAGAAGAAUAAUAAGAGUGGAUCCGUGCCACCCCCUUUGGCCUGCAAAAUACUGCACCUGGGGUGCGUGAAUUUAAAUUUCGGUGAAGUACGCAACCACAAUCACCGUCACCAACUGGAACACUACCUAUCUCCCACUAUCCAUCUCUCCAAUCUAUGUAUCCUUGCAUAUUAUCUUGUCCCUAAACCCUUUCUGUUGAAUAACGCCAUUUCUAAUCAAUUCCUAGACCAAUCUUCCCUUCCAUUUUCACCACAAAUGCAACUUGUGCAUGCAUUUACCUGCACCAUAAUGUCCGGAUGUCAGAUACGAAUUUCAAAAGUAAAACCUGUGAGUUAAGCCCGGCCAGCGUUUCAGUACAACAUCUGUGCCUGCAACAGUACACGCUUGAUUCUUGUGGAAGAAAAGUAACAUCCACUCUUGGUCUCGGUGGAAGUACAGAGAAUCUCGCAAAUGGCACGUCGCAACGACUUCAAAAUCAAAGUGAACUAGGUUCAUUGAGAGAAUCCGAAAACAAGUACAGACAGCAAUAUGUAGAAGCAUCUCACAGGGAAAAAAUCUUAGUGAGGAGGCUUGCCUCUAAAGAGCAGGAAUUGCAGGAGUAUAUUAAUCAAAUAACUGAAAUGAAAGCCACCCAAGCUCCGUCCGCAGCUGCAUUAAGGUCUGCUCUAUUAGAUCCGGCUGUUAAUAUAUUGAUACAGAAAUUAAGGCAAGAAUUAAUAACAACCAAGGGUAAAUUAGAGGAUACGCAAAAUGAACUAAGCGCAUGGAAGUUUACCCCUGACAGCAAUACAGGGAAAAGAUUAAUGGCAAAAUGUAGAUUGUUGUACCAAGAAAAUGAAGAACUCGGUCGUAUGAUUGCCAGUGGACGUAUCGCUAAGUUGGAAGGCGAACUCGCUCUACAGAAGAGUUUCAGCGAAGAAGUAAAGAAGUCACAAUCAGAAUUAGACGAAUUUCUCCAGGAUUUAGACGAAGAUGUGGAGGGUAUGCAGAGUACCAUCUACUUCUUACAGCAAGAAUUACGUAAGGCUCGAGAAUCUGUCACGCUACUGCAACAGGAGAACGCAUCAUUGAAGGCGAACACAAACGAGAAUAAUUUGUCAAACGGCUUAUCACCCCAUACGCCACCGAUCAAAAAGGAGGAAGCGGAAGAAACUGCUGCACCAGAUACAAAAGUUCCGAAACCGGCGGAGGAAAGUGACAUGUGCAAAGAUGUAAGGACUCCACCGUUGUCGUCGCCUCAGAGUGAGCUUACGAGUGUCGAAAGAACAGAACGUGCAGAAAGAAUACUUAAUCAGGCCGAUCAUAAUGACGAGAGUUCUAGCGAUUCCGCGGCAUUAAUUAUUAAGGUCGAGAACGAGGAGCUUAGUGAUAGAGAGGAGGAGCACGAGGAGAGUCGGAACAAACGAAUAUUGAGGAGUAAAAAUCACAGCAGGAAUAGUGGUAAAUCGAACGGGGAAGAGGUACUCGCGCGAACUACGCGGGGUAGGGAUAGGACAAAGAGAGAGAAAAGUGCAGCCAGUAGUGAUGAUGAAAGGACGCACAAGAAGAAACGAAGGGAAAGUAUUCUUUCUCUCGAUUAUAACGAGGCCGAUGAUGACGCGUUGGUUUUAACUAAUGGCGAGACUCUGCAGAGUGAUCCAGAAUGACCGAUAUUUUAGGUUGGUUUCAAAUGACAUUAACUAUUGAUAUGGUAAAAAUUCGCGAUAUGAUUUUGACACAUUCACUCGUUACUGUGUACAAAAUUUCUCGUCUAAAGCAACGUCGGUCGUUUGCGAGACAGUGUUCGAAGAAUAAUGAAUAAUUAGCCAUAAAGAGACGUAAUUUCAGUACCUGUACUGGUGAUAACUUGAAAUGAUAAAUAUUGAGAUUGGUCUCUAAAGUGACAAACUUGUAAAUACUUUUAUACCAUUAGAUUGGUAUAUAAAGUUCGCGAUUCUUUAUAUAGUCAACGAUCGUUUAUGUCAAGUUACUUGUGAACGACCAAGUUACAAAUUAUAUUGCAAAGAUAUACCAAACGAAUCUGAGUAGGUUUAUUGCCCUACAAUUUAUAAGAGUCGAAUGCUGUAAGGAAGAAAUCGAAUUUUGUUUAUAUUUUGUAAAUUUAUUGUAUUAACAUUCUCUGUGUAAAUCAGUAAGUUUUCGUUAAUCAGUAAAAAAAUCAUCAUCCGAAGAGAGUAUUGUCGAGAAUUAAUCAAAAAUGCCUGUGACCACAACACACAUGCCUGUUAUGUAAAUAGAUAAAUCUUAUUACUUUCAGGUACACAAACAUGCAUCAAUAUUACAUAAUAUUAAUACGUAACAAUUCGCAUGUACAUGCAACGUGAAAUCGUAUUUUAAAACUGUGUAUGUAACAUACGUUUUUAUUUCUCUCUUUUAUCAGACAAUUGGAAAAGAUAUACGAAUAAUUUAAGAUGUCAAAUAGCAUUGUUUUUAGUGAUGUACACAUGGAGAUUGAUCUCUUACAGCCUAAUAUAUUAAAUUUACAUUUUUAAUUUUUUUAAAUUAAAAGAAUUGUACAAAGCGUUUAUAUGAGAUACAUAAUAUUUUAUAUUGCCUUUACAUAUGUAAACUUGUUUUAUAUCGUCGUUUUUUUUAAACUUGCGUUUUUAGUUUUGUUUUCAGUUUAUGUGCUGAAGAAAGACAAGACAUCAGAUGCAGAAAUUUAUAUUAAAACGUAUUCCAAAGUCUA